AUGGCCGGCCUCAACCCCCAGAUCACCAACCUCGUCAUCAUGUUGGGCAUGAUGCAGGUGUCGAAGCGCAUUCCCUUUGACGACCCCAACGUCCUCAACACCGUUCGCGCCGUCUACCUGGGCAGCAAUGUCCUCAUUGCCCUGCUGUACCUGUACAUUGGAUCGCAGAUCAACAAGAAGAAGGACCUGACGACGCUCAAGUACGUUGAGCCCCCGCCCAUGGGCUCCACGGAAGAAGGCAAGCUCGUCACGACCACGAUCCAGGCCUACGACAAGGACCAGCUCCGCGCCCUCUUCCGCGGGCAGAUGAUGGGCAUCGCCAUCAUGGGCUUCAUGCACCUGUACAUGAAGUACACCAACCCCCUCCUCAUCCAGAGCAUCCUGCCCGUCAAGAGCGCCCUCGAGAGCAACCUCGUCAAGAUCCACAUCUACGGCCAGCCCGCCAGCGGCGACCUCAAGCGCCCCUUCAAGCAGGCCGCCGGCUUCAUGAGCGCCAUGCAGCAGGGCCAGGCCCAGAGCGACAAGAAGGCCGUCGAGGCUGCCGAGAAGUCGGGCCGCGGCGGCGCCAAGGAAGAGUAG